CAGGCUAGUCGAAAAUGUAAAGUUGUUAUACAUAUGUACAACACAUACAAGGUGUUACAAGGUGAUGAUUAUUCCUAAUAAUUUUUCAUCAUUUCAAUUGUGAAACGUAGUCCGCUCAGUAUCCAAGUAACUGGACAAUGAAUGUGAAAUUGACUGAUAUUCAGGCAGAAUAUGCUCUGCUUGCAUUUUAUCUGGGCAGACAGAAACUUCUUAAUUGUAUUGCAUUGUCCAGAAUAACAACUGAUCUUGUGACUAUCUUAAUAGAAAAUCCGGCUGGUUCUAUCAAAAAAAUCAGAAAAAUAGCUACAACAUGUUGUUUAUGCAAAGAGAAAGAAUUUUUGUUCAAGGAGCUGUGGAGGCGUUAUCAUGAAAACAAUCAUGUACCCGAAUUUGUGACCAAUCAAGCAACUGAUGCAGCAUGGAAGGAAAUUCAACAACUCUGGAUCGAUGUGGAAAAGCAGAAUAAAAUGUUACAAAUGAAUAUUGUACAGAGCUUCCAGAAAGCUUGUCAGAGUCUACUUACAAAACACAGAGUCUUCUCAGAUUUCAAAACCAAAUACAAUGAUCAGGUGAAUUUGGAAAACUGGAUCAACCUGAUUUCUUUCGUUAAGGCAAAGUUGGAUCAGUGUUUUAUAUUUAUAUUCAAUAAUCAAUCGAUGAAAGAUGACAACGUAACUACAGAUAGAAGCAAACAUAUUGGGCAAUCAUCUUCAAGACGUUCUGUUGUUAUUCAAAACGUUUCUCAAGAUCUAAAAUUUGUUUACAUGAAACUUAUAUGUAAGAAGAAAAAUGCAAAAACUCUCCUGAAACAUAUGGAAACUUGCAGAAGUGUCGGAAUCCAUGUUCAAUUGGAAGAAUCUUGUCAAUUCCUAGUCAAAUUUAUGAUGUGUUCGAAUUGCCUAUGCUGGAGUGGGAAAAAAGCAGGAGCUUCUAUACUGGAAGUUUUUUCAGGUUUUUUUGUUAAUCUUGGAGCUAAAAGUCAUCCACCUAAUGAAUGUGCAUUUAGUAAAAAUGAGUCUACAAAAUAUGAAAGUAUAAAGACAGCAUGUAAAACUGUUUCCAGUCCAGUGAAAAUUAAAGAACAGCUGCCAAAUGAGGCCAAAAAAAGUAAAAAAGUGACUGAUCUUGAAGAGGACGCAGACGAUUUGUGGUGGGAAGACUAUUCGCGAUCAGUCACUGAAACAACUAGAAAAUCCGGCAGAAAACAAAAAAAAGUUGUCAAAAAGGCUGAUGAAGAUUAUGUGUUUUACUCAAGUGAUGACAGUUUGAAUGAAGAAAAGUUGAAAUGUUUAAAAAAUAGCAAAUCACAAAUAAAAUACGGUGAAACCAAAGAUACAGGUUUCGAACAUUCUAGUAAUACACCAACUACAUCUUCCAAAAAAUUGUCACCAUUGCGUUCAGCUCCAUCUUCUCAUAUUGUAAACAAAUCUCAAAUUAUCGGCCCAAAGCAUGGUACUGAAAAUCAACUUCCUUAUAAGCAAUUGAUGGAAAAUUCAAAAAAGUUAACUGAGGUAGAUAAUUUGCAAUCUGUAGUUUCAGGAACAAAGACACGCAGUGCAAUAAAUAGAAAAAGGAGUUCAAUUAGCUUGAAAUCUGAACAAAGUGUCAAUCCAAAAAGAGAUAUUAGAAAGUUUUCAAAAGACAUACAAUCUGAUUCAACUUUGCUAAAAAAAGUUGUAUCGGAAAAUAUCCCACUCGAUUCAAGUGCGAAUGCUCCACAAAUGAGUCAAACUGUUAUCCUUCAGCCUAUAUCUUUAGAUAGUGAUGAAGCUCAACUUCUAAAAUCUGUUUCAUGCAAUUCAGCCACAAGUAAAAGAGACUUUGAUAAGUUGAAUGAAAUUUUGAAGAAGAAGCUUCAAGAAAAGAGGUUAUCUAGUCGUCGCCAAGCUCAUCUACAGUUCAAGCCAAUGUUCCAAAUUGCUAAAAAUUCUCGUAUUGGUGACAGGUCCAAAAUACAACAGCCUGACUUAAAAGACAAACACAAAACAAUGAAAUCACCUCAGAAGAGAGGGCGAAAAUGUAAGGAGUUGGUACCUUUUUCUGAUACCUUAAGAAAAAAGAAGAAAAUCCCCGGUACAUCUUCGAAAUCCAUAUCAACUGUGACAGCUGAAUACAUUGCUAGACUUCCUGUACCGGAUAAACCAUCCCAAGAAAAUAGAAUAGACCGAAAGAAAAAGCUUGAUAAAAGGAGAAACAAAGUGAACAGAUCACACUUUCUAAUCAACACCACUAAUUCACACAAGUCUUUGGGGAAGGUACGAUACAACAGAAAAGCCAUAUGUUCAAGAAUCACUGGAAAGUGUGACACUGAUACUGGUGUAAAAGAGAGAAAGCUAACAACAGAACAAAAUACAACAUGCAUCUCUGAAUAUCUUGGCGAACGAAGUAAGAUGUUGCUUCGCGGAAAUAAUGAGUGCAAACAAAGUUUGUCUUCUUCGAGUGAUUCUAUUCCAUCUUCUACAGAUGAUAUAAAUAUAUCCCAGCAAUGUGAAUUUUCAAGAAAUAUUGUCAGCAAAGAAAGAGAUGCAAUUGCUAAUGAUGAAUGUUAUAAUGAUACAAUUGGAAACUCAAAUUUAUUUCGUACCCUCACUGCUGAUUUGUCACCACCUGAAGUUAAAACUUCGUCAAAAGAUGAUAUUCACAUUAACGAAAGUGCAUUGGUUGAAAAACCUAAUGAAAAAUCAGUGAAUAAAAAAGGAAGUGUUCCAAAUAAGUGUCCAAGUGAAGUUGUUGAAAAUAAUAGGACUUUGAGAGAAAUUAUUGUCAACAAAGCUUUAGCUGAUGUUUUGCAAUCAACUUCCAUGCGAGAACAUGCCGUAGAAAAAGCAUCACAACCUUUUAUGUUUAUAUCUUCAUCAUUUCAAAACAAUUUGAAUCUAGAUUUCAAUGUAGUGCAGCCACAGCCAUCUUGUUUCAACGAGAAUUCUGAAAUAUUAGAAAAGAUUUCCUUGUUGCUUAAAACAAAGAAUCAAAGGAAACGUCUUCUUUGUCAAAGUGAUAACGAAGAACAAUCGCAUAAAAGAAAAAAGAGGUAUAAAAUUGAAAGCUCAAUGAUGGAUUAUCUAAAAGAUGAUUCAACUCCAACUAAAUAUUUGCAAAAAUUGCAAACGACGUCUUCUACUUCUACUACCAAUAUUCAAUGUGAAAAAGCAGAUAAUAAUAAUGAAACUGUAGCGCAAAAGGUUUCUUCAAGCCCUGCAAUCAAUGUGUUAGAUGCCAACAAAUCAUCUAAAUUAACCUUAGAUCAAAAACAUUUGAAUGAAAAAACUGUUUCUAACACAAUCAGCAGUGUGGCUGAUAUCCCUCUUUCAUCUCGUCAUAAGUUCACUGUUAUAGCAACUGUAACAACCUCUAAAGUAAUGACACGAAACGCUAAAAAAAAUCCGAAACUCUGUCCAACUAAUUUUAAACCCAAGCAACGUAAUCUUAAAACAUUAGCAAAAAAUCCGAAACUAUGUCCAACUAAUUGUAAACCCAAGCAACGUAAUCUUAAAACAUUAGCAAAAACUGACAUAGAAUUUGCAGUGUCAUGUCUAUUCCAUUCUAUACAAUCAUAUGUGCAAAAGGAAAAUGAGACAACAGAAAAUUGCACAACAGAAUCAUGUGAUACACCAAUAGGAAACUCAUCUCACGGAGAGAAAUGUAUUUCCAUGAUAGCAUUUCAAGAAAAACAGACUAAGAGAAGUAAACUUACAGAUGUAGUAGUGCAGAAACUGCCUUUGACUGAGAAUUGUAAGAAACAAGCGACAACUAAAGAUGUAGACAAAAUUCAAGAAAAAUACGCCUCUAUCUGUAUUCAAAAUGAUGAACCAACUCAAGUUAUACCUUCUGUAAAAGAUAUCUGUAAAGAACUUUCCUAUAAUUGGCGGAAAAAAGACCAUAAUCCAACUAAUGGAAAAUUUAAGCGAUAUGCAAAAUUUGACACUUUUCAUAAGAAGUUGGAGAGACAUCUGCAUUUAAAUGAAAAAUUUCCAUUUAGUUUGGGAUCACAAUUUUCUUUCAGAGAUGUUAUCUUGUUACAUUCUUCAACUCAAAGUAAUCAUUGUUUAUUAGCAGGUUCAAAUAAAUUAUCAAGGAGGAAAUAUGAGUCUUCAGUUUUCAAAAGGAAGGAGUAUAAAUUGAAUUUCAGUAAUUAUUUCAGUUGCAAAACAAAGAGAGAUAAAACUGAAUUUGAUGGAUCUACAUCUUCAGUGACUGGAUGCAGUAGUGUAUAUGAUAUUUCUAAUAAUGAAAUUGAUUCUAACAAUCAUGAAAGCAGUAAGAUUCCAAACGAUGACGUCCACCGUGAAAAGCACCACGUUAUAAGUCAACCCUCUUCGACUGAUGCAACUUCAAACCGCCCAUUGGAUAAAGAAAAAGAAAAUGUGAAACCAAUGUAUAGCUCAGAACAUGAAUUCAAUACAUCGAAAAUGAAAGUACCGAAGCAAAAUGAUUUGAAAAAGAAUAAUUCAGAAACUUUGCCACUUGGCGCUGAUAAAACUUCGGAACCAUUAUAUAAAGAAUCGUCGUUUAUACCCAGAUGGAUUUUGGAUAAUGAUUUCAAUAGCAGCGAUGAUGAAGUGCAUGGUAGUACUUCUGAAGCUUUGUUGAAUGGUGAAAGUAUUGUAGAUGAAAAUCACCAAGAUAAACCGAAAAAAACAAGAACUAGGAAAAGUGAGGCUGAUCUUUUAUUGGAUACAAUGUAUCUCAAAAAUCACUUGGAAAAUAAAUUCGAUACUGAAGGUCCUAAUUUAAGAAAAAGACAUGUUUCAAAUCCUCCUGUUGGGGGGAACAACAAACUUCGAAGACUGGAACCUGAGCUGUCUGACUUGUUCACUACCGUGGAAAUGAAGAAAACUGAUAAGUCUGGUGUGGUAUUGAAUGGCAAGCGUUUAUCUGUAAACCAAAAAAGCUUUCCAGAUUCACCGUCAAUGAUCAAAAAACAUAAGCCUGGAGUUUUUCAUGUGAAUGUAGGUGGCUCGAUGAAACCGUUUUAUACAACAACACCCCACGCAUCUCUCUCUAUAUAUAAAACUUAUGUUUCACUGGAGCGUUGUCAAGAUUUUCAUCAUCAACUAGGAUGUACAACAAGCCAAUCCAUUACUUUAUCGAAAAAGAAUGGGCUACAUACACCGAAGACAAGUUUUUUCAAUAUGAGGAAGCCAACGAAGCAUCGUAGUCGCCCAAAGGGAUUGACAGUUUCAAAACAAAAAGCUUACUAUGAAAUUAUUAAGAAAAUUAACUAAAUGAGACAUGAUGGGUUUUCAUUAGGGCUGGUCAUUUUCGUAUACUUGAUGACUUUAUAAUCGCAUCGAAUAUUUUUUUGAAUCGAAUCUCAAAUACUUGCAAGAUGUGUAAUUGUACAUAAUUUUUUUGCAAUAGGUCCACCAGGCACCACAGUACUGGAAAUGACACACAGGCAGUUUGCUGAGUUUUCACACACAAUAUCAAACACAUUUCAAUAACCAACUGGAAGAAAUGAUUCCUAUGUCAGAAUUGCAUUUUAAAAAUAUGGUUUAUUAAAAAAUUGACGGGUUCACCUCAAGCUUUCGAGGAAAAUAAAAAAAAGGCAGUUCUGAAUAUUUGACCGAACUGAUUUGAAAUAUUUUCUAUUCUAUUCAAAAUGCCCAGCUCUAGUUCAUAUGCUUAGGAAUAAAUUUGGUCUAAUGGCAAUGUACCGGUAGUUGUUUUAAAAUUACAAAACAAUCAAGGAGAGGGGUUUUUACUAUAAAAGACAUUUAGUCGAAAUGUAAUAUAGAUAAAUUUAAAAUAAUGAUUAAAACUCAAUCCGAAACUAUUGAUGAUAAUUGUCCAUUUAAAAAGCUUAUGUAAACUAAUAAAAGCAAUGUAAAAUACUUUCAUGGAUGGCGAAGAUUGAAAGUAUCUUAGUAUGUUUAUUCGAAAUAACAUUUCAUAUUUUUAUUCAUGAUUCACUGUUGAUACAUACUGGUGCCCCUCACCAGUAGUACAAUAAUGUGAUUAAUUUUUUUUUAAUUUGCUGUCAUCACUGUGCGAUAAUUACGUUAUUUGCUAAUAUGUUGUGUUAGUGCUUACUUGAGCUUUCACUUCCAUUAGUUUUAUAAAUCUUUCAAUUUAUGUGGCAAUAUACUGGAACUUGUUUCAGAAUUGAUCCCAUAUCAUUUAUGUUGUAUUUUUUUACAUCCAAUAUUUAAUUCACGUUGAUUGGUAUCAGAAACCGUUUUCCAACUGCAUCAACUCAAAAUUGAUGACAAAACGUUCUAGCAAAAUUAUAUAUAUGUGUCACGGGAAGUCAAAUUGUCUUCAAUAAGAUUAACUAAACUUUUUUACUACUCUUGAUUGGCUGGUGUCUAAUAUGUUGCAAAAAUAUGAAUGGAAAAAAAGAACUUCUUCUUUGUUGGAUGGAUAAAUUGUUCUUCAACAUUAAACCUUCAACGUGGUGUGUAAAUCGUGAUUAGAUGUCACAGUAAUUUUAUGGAAUAGAGCUCACAUUCCUCAAACCAAUGUUAAUUGUCAUUAUAAAAGGCGCUUUUGUGGAUUAUGAAUUUGCUAACUCUUAGUUCAGUUUAAUUCAAGAGUCUUGCUGCACACUUACACAAAUAUAUUUCUGUAACGUUUCGUCUGACCGAGGGCCGUAUUCUUUAGACAAGCAUUUUACAACUAUCAAUAUAUCAUUUGUUUCUCAAUAUUCUGAAAAAUCUCAAUUUCAAUCCAUAAACUCCGAGGUCUUUACAAGUGUUAAAAUUAUCAGAUUUCAUAUUUUUGCGUUUUUUUGGUUUGUUCUUUUUUUGUCUGAAUUUCCUCAUAACUGAGUCUGUGUUGUAUAUGGAGUACCCACUGGCUACAAGAUUUUGAUAGCUGAUUAAGGCUGUAUUGUGGUUGUGGACCUUUUGGUGAUCUCUCACAUAUGAAACCAAUAUAUUUGGACUGGGCAUCCAGAUGUAUAUUUGCACCUAUGGAUGUUACCACCAGCACAGAACAUUGCACCCACGUUUGUUUUACCUAUGGUACGCUACCGUACAUUUGCAUCCUUGGGCAUUUUCACCCAUGGGUGACUGUAUCAAGCACCUUUGUACCUGAAUUUGCACGGUAUGAAAUAUAUUAUCUUAUAUGUGUAGGAAAUCAAGAUCGUUUACAAAUUAACAAGUGUAAUAUCGAUCAUGUACGCGUUUCUACCAUCAGUGCAAAGAUGUAUAAAUAAGUGGAUUUUCGUAUGGUAAAGUUUGGUGAUACACAUUGACAAUUACACAAAAAAUGCUCGGGGCUCUCUUAAAAUGAACAUGACAAUGCCUUAAAAAAUAAUAAAUAGAAAAAUUGUCUGCGCCAAACAAUUCCUAGGAUAUUCAUUAUUAUUAUUACGGCGGCAUAUGCUUCGGCGAAUAUAAUUCAACUCAAAUACAUUCCUAUUACUCUUACUUUGUUGUUUUGCAAAUUUUGUAUGCUCUUGUUUCCAUCUGAUAUCAGUUUAUUUCACCACGAGAUCACGAUUGUUAUCGAAGUGAGCACUCCUUUCGUUUUAUUAUCAUGGUCCAUCCUCGUGAUCCAUCGAUUUAUGAUUGUGAAUUUUCUUUUUUUCUGCUACAAUACAAUUACCAAAGC